AUGUCUGUGAAAAAUAGUUUACAAGCCUGGGAUUAUGUCGUAUUUGCCGCUAUGCUUGUUAUGUCUACUGCAAUUGGGGUUUACUUCGCUAUAAAGUCUAGAAGAAUAAAGGGAAAAGCUACAGAAGAAUUCCUAAUAGGGAACAGACAAAUUUCUGCAUAUCCAAUUGCACUUUCCUUGGCUGCGAGUUUCUUAUCUGCUAUUACUGUGGUUGGAGGUCCUGCAGAGGUGUACCUAUAUGGGAUAAUGGUUCUGCUGUACAAUGUUGCUGCCUUCUUUACAAUUAUAGUCACUUGCCUGAUCUACAUUCCUCUCUUCUACAGAUUAAACAUAAUUAGCACAUAUGAGUACAUUAGCAGAAGAUUUGGUUUAGCAGUGAAGUAUCAAGUUAUUUCUUCCUUCUUAUUAUACAUGUUCAUUUAUCUCGGCAUUGCCACCUAUACACCUGCACUAGCACUCAGUGAAGUUACCGGGAUUAACUUGUGGAUUUCCAUCAUAACCACUGGUUGUGUGUGCACCCUAUAUACAACACUGGGUGGUAUUAAAGCUGUUGUCUGGACAGAUGUGCUCCAGAUCUGUGUAAUGGUGGCUGGCCUCCUUGCUUUGCUGAUUCAGGGAUUAUUUCAGGCUGGAGGGAUUGCCAAAGUUUGGAGAACUGCGGAGCAUGGUGGGCGCCUCAAUUUUUUUGACUUUGACCCUGAUCCAAGGAAAAGGCAUACGUUCUGGACCACAGUGGUAGGAGGCACAUUUGUAUGGGUUGCAAUAUACAGUUCCAACCAAGCCCAAAUACAAAGAUACCUGGCCUGCAAGAGUGAAAGAGAAGCAAAAAAGGCAAUAUUCCUAAACUGGUUUAGUAUGCUUGGAGUGACCGUUACAGCGUGUAUGUGUGGUUUGGUCAUGUAUGCAGUUUACGAAACCUGUGACCCAAUGGAGGCAAAAAGAAUCAGCAACAGUAACCAGCUUACACCCCUUUUGGUUUUGGAUAUCUUGUCUCACGUGCCUGGAGUUCCAGGGCUUUUUAUCGCCAGUGCAUUUAGUGGCACUUUGAGCACAAUCUCCUCAGGCAUCAAUGCUAUGACUGCAGUCUUUGUGGAAGAUAUCAUAAAACCAAACUGGAAAUCAUGGAACUAUCUUUCUGAUGCCAAGAGAACAGUGAUCUCAAAGUUUCUAGCAAUGACGUUCGGGGGUUUGACAAUGCUUCUUGCAGGGUUAACUUCAAUCUUAGGUGAAAAUGUAGUGCAGCUAAUCCGAAGUAUUGAUGGAGUAUUUCUAGGACCUCUACUGGGUGUAUUCACUUUAGCAGCUUUGUUUCCAAACAGCAAUAGCAAGGGAGCAUUUGUGGGGAUGCUGUUUAGUUCUAUCUUGAAUUUUUUUUUGGGAAUUGGCUCUCAAGUGUACCCAGCUGCUGCUAGAUUUACAAGGAAGCUGAAGACAUCAACAGCAGGUUGCCAACUAUUUAACAUCACGAGUUCAAGCUCCACCAAUGUAACAUCUUUACUCACCAUAGAAAUGUCUCCAGCAUCAAAUAAAACGAACAGCCUAUUUGAAGAUAUUUUUUCUAUAUCCUAUGGAUACUACACCCCAGUUGGAUGCCUAACUGCAGUUAUGAUAGGUUUGCUAGUCAGCAUGGUUACUGGGGGAGCUAAGGAUGUCGAUAAGGCCCUCAUUGCUCCCAUAUUCCACACCAUUCACAACUUCUUCUCCAAACAGGAACCAGCUGUACCAGUGCCUGAAUCAUAUGAUUAA